GGGAGAUCAAACUGGCAACUGACCUUUGUUCAUCCUAGAUAGUACUUACUCCCACCAGCUCCUGGUCAAAAGCCCUGUGUCGAUCGAAGCCAGCGCGAGUUCCCGAGAAUAUUCCCUGAAUAUCAGACGGUGAGAGCGACGUCGCCAUGGAGACAAUCACACCUUGGCCGCUUGUGGCCGCCAUCGUCGGUGGACUCUGCUGGAUGGCUACCACCGUCAUCUGGCGUCUUUACUUCCACCCACUGUCCAGGUUUCCCGGUCCCAAGUUGACAGCCGUAACACUCUGGUACGAGUUCUACUGGAACGUGGUCAAAAAAGGACAGUUCAUGUGGAGGGUGGAAGAAAUGCAUCAAAGAUACGGUCCAAUCGUCCGAAUCAAUCCCCACGAGCUACACAUUCUGGAUCCAGACUUCUACGACGAGCUCUACGGAUGUGGCGUCAACUCGAAGCGCAAGCUCGACAAGUACGAAUGGUGGACCAGACUGGCUGUCGCUAGCAGUUCCACCUUUACGACCGUGCCACACGACCUACAUCGACUUCGUCGGGCAGCCCUGAAUCCCUUCUUCUCUGUGGCAUCCGUCACCAAGCUGGAGCCGUUGAUCAAGUCCAAAGUGGAAAAGCUUUCCGCUAGAUUGGACAAGAUUGCCCAGACGGGGGAGGUCUUCCGCCUUGAUGCCGCACUCAUGGCGCUGACCAUGGACGUGAUCUGCGACUACAGCUUUGGGCGCGACAGAAAGUACCUCGACAAGCCUGACUUCGAACUGCAGUUCAAGGAGGCCGUCGUCGGUGCGACGGGGGGCUGCUUUCUGAUGAUGCAGUUCCCUUGGAUCCCGUCGUUGAUGGAGCGGAUCCCCCAAUCCAUCGUCAAAAGGACGAGUCCAGGCGUGGCUUACAUGCUCGCCCGGCAAGAGGACAUGAUCAAGCAGGUCAGCCCGAUACUUGCGGGGACCGAAGGAGAGAAGUCCGGCGCCCGUUCGAUUUUCCACGCUUUGCGUGACAACGAGAAUCUGCCACCGAGCGAGAGGACGUUGAAGCGAAUGUGCGACGAGGCUACACUGUUGACUGGUGCUGGAUCUGAGACUACAGGUCAGACGCUAACAAGGAUGUUCUUCUACUUAAAGCACGUUCCGGACGCGUUGGAGCGAUUCAGAGAAGAGUUGGAUGUGGCCAUACCAAGCGAGCAGGAUAUCCCUUCUUGGAGCACGUUGCAACAGCUUCCAUAUCUGACAGCGGUAAUCAAAGAGGCACUCCGGCUCUCCUACGGUAUCACCACAAGGCUUCCUCGAGUCGCACAUGAAGACAUCAUCUACAAGCAAUAUGUCAUUCCUGCCGGUACCCCAGUUUCGCAGACUGGGUGCUUUAUCCUAAUGGACCCGACCGUUUUUCCUGAGCCGCAUGUCUUUAAACCGGAGCGCUGGUUAGACUCAGGGAAGAGAUUGGACAGAUACCUGGUACCGUUUGGGAAGGGGUCGAGAGCUUGUCUUGGAAUCAGGUACGGGUCGACUCUAGCCUAUGCUGAAAUGUACUUGACAGCGGCCACAAUUGUAAAGCGGUUUGACUGGGAGAUGUACGAGACAACUUUGGGAAGGGACAUUGCUUGCCAUAGGGAUGCUUUUGUGGCACUUGGAGCUCAUGAUAGUCCGGGGGUACGGGCUACAAUGUCACGGCGCAAGCUUUAG